CCCGCAAAUACUAUCAAAAGUCAGUCUCAGGUUAAGAAAAAUUAUGGAUCAAAGGUGAUGAUAGUUAGAAAAAUGAAUUCAAGUGUAGCAUUAUUUUCGAGGAGAACGAAUUCUCUACUAGUUGAAUGGUGUUGUGACAUUUUUUAAUUGGCAGACCUCAAAAGUAUUUAGUACUCCACAAAAGCUCACUGUAUCUCAUUGCCUUGGUACUCGACUCAUACAAUAAGAAACAUCUCUAUUUGUUGUCCUUGGUUUUUCAUGUUAAUAUUUCCUCCAGUUAUGAUGGGCUGCACCAAGAUUUUUCUUCUUACUUUUUUUUUGAACACUUCUUACUUCUUAUUUUAAGGUGAAGUAAAGCAUAUACUAUAAAAUUUUGGAAAAAUUAAAAUUCCAACCUAAGAAACUGGCGCGUAACUAUUUUUUUUUUGCUAAAGCUAGCGCGUACAAACUCAUUACACGUCCUUGAACAAUAAAGAAAAAAAGUUUAUGUAGAAUUUAUAUUAGGAAAGAAAAUAAAAGAAACAUAUAUAAGAAGACAAAUUUAGACGGUCAAUAUUCUUCUCGACGACACGCUUAAAAGUUUGAAGAAGUCUUCUUCGGUCGUAUUUUUCCCAUACGUAAAUAAAUUUAAAGUUUAUUUCUGUAUUUAUAAAUAAAUCAUUUUCGCAAAAACAAUGAAUUUUAUUUUCUCACUAAAAAAACUCAACAAGACCUACAAAUUAAAACAAAGGAACUUUAUACGAAAGAAAUGGUGAAUACAUUGCCAUGACACGUCAGCUUAAAUGACCAAACCCGAUAUAUGGUUUUGCUAAUUUCAAACCACGCUAACCUAAUCUUGUUGAAAUUAAUGCCACCAAUAUUCAAAAUAAUAAUACUAACCUUUUUGAAACAUUAAAUUAAAUUUUCUACAACACACCUAUAUAUCAUCAGUCUUGCUGGCAAAAAUCCAUCAUUAAAUUUUGGUCGGUCAAAAGAAAUCUAAUAGAUCGCCACAUAUCCCUUAUGUUAUAAAGCACAUCAUAUCAUAAACUCAUUCACAUUUGAUAUUGUUACACGUACACAUGGCGCCAAUGUCAGUGGACCGUCUCUGUUUCGUAUUACCGGCGGAAUCCGGCGAGUUAAAGCCCUCCGUAGAGUCUCCGGCCAUGGUUGAGGAGACCAAGGAAGAGGAGAAGAAGAGUCGUGACUGUGGACGUCAAGUCGUGAGUUUGGUCGGAGAUUUAUUCCGGCGGUUACACAGCUCCAAGUUGGUGAAAAGCUUGAAUCUUUGUAUCAGCGAGAGAGAUAAAGAUUCCAACUUUCUGGAGAUCAACGAUAAACCCUUCACUGACAUGGAAGGUGUUCAGCUCUCCGGCAAGAUCGGCGCCGAGAACCCGAGAAUCUUCGGAUACUCCGAGCUCUACAUCGGCUCUAAUGGUUUCAGCGACGAGUUGAUCCUCGGAAGCGGCGGGUUCGGCCGUGUUUACAAGGCGGUGCUACCUAGCGACGGAACCACCGUGGCUGUCAAAUGCUUGGCGGAGAAAAAAGGAGAGCAGUUCGAGAAAACGUUCGCGGCGGAGCUUGUCGCCGUAGCUCAGCUCCGGCACCGGAAUCUCGUGAAAUUAAGAGGGUGGUGUUUAAACGACGGCGAAUUGCUUUUGGUUUACGACUACAUGCCUAACCGGAGCUUAGACCGGGUGCUUUUCCGUAGCCCGGAGAUGAACUCUAAAUUUAAACCGUUGGAUUGGGACCGGAGGGGUAAAAUCGUAAAAGGACUCGCCGCGGCUUUGUUCUACCUCCACGAGCAGUUAGAGACGCAGAUCAUUCACCGAGACGUGAAGACGAGCAACGUGAUGCUGGACUCCGAGUUCAACGCUCGGCUCGGCGAUUUCGGCUUGGCUCGGUGGCUAGAACACGCUGUUGAAGAGCCCGAGUUCGAUACGAGUUACGACUCGGUUUCCUCCUUUAGAAACCACCAGUUCCGAGUCGCUGACUCGACGCGAAUCGGCGGGACAAUCGGGUACUUACCGCCGGAGAGCUUCAGGAAGAAAACCGUCGCCACCGCUAAAACAGACGUGUUCAGCUUCGGCGUCGUGUUGCUAGAAGUCGUCUCCGGGAGACGCGCCGUCGACCUCUCGUUCUCGGAGGAUAAGAUCGUUUUGCUCGACUGGGUUCGGAGGCUAUCCGAUGAUCGGAAGCUACUCGCCGCCGGCGAUUCUCGGCUUCCGAAAGGCUCUUACGUCGUCUCCGACAUGAAGAGGAUGAUCCAUCUCGCUCUUCUCUGCUCCUUGAACAACCCGCAUCUUCGUCCCAGCAUGAAAUGGGUGAUCGGAGCACUUUCCGGCGAAUUCUCCGGCAACUUACCGGCGUUACCUUCCUUCAAAAGCCACCCUCUUUACAUUCCUUUAUCUUCUUUAAAAUCAUCCUCAACGUCGGGGACAACGACGACCACCGCGACGACAACGAUUCCUACAACUUCAACGACAAGUUUAAACGCGUCUUCGGAGGCAACACCGUCGUCAAAUUACGUUACUGCCCUCGAGGAUUCUAUUUACCAGACGGCAGAGACGGGAGAGAAUCGGUAUUUUACUAACAACAGCCGUCGGGUGAUGUCAUCAAAGUCUUUCGUGUUGGACACGCCAAGGGAGAUCUCAUACAACGACAUUGUUUUAGCUACUGACAACUUCUCAGACGCGCGUCGUGUAGCUGAGGUUGAUUUCGGUACGGCUUAUUACGGUUUACUAAACCGGGAUCAGCAAAUUGUGGUGAAACGUCUCGGUAUGACGAAAUGUCCCGCGCUAGUUACACGGUUCUCCACCGAGCUGCUCAACCUAGGCCGGCUACGUCACCGUCACCUUGUCAUGCUCCGCGGGUGGUGCACGGAACACGGCGAAAUGCUUGUUGUGUAUGAUUAUUCGGCGAACCGGAAGCUAAGCCAUCUUCUUUUCCAUAGCCAGGGGACCACGGUUUUGCGAUGGAAAACCCGGUACAACGUGAUUAAAUCGCUUGCGUGCGCCGUACGUUACCUCCACGAGGAAUGGGAUGAGCAAGUUGUUCACCGGAACAUAACUUCUUCUACAAUCUUUCUCGACCGAGACAUGAAUCCGCGGCUAUGCGGAUUCGCGCUGGCCGAGUUUUUAUCUAGGAAUGAUCAGGCACAUCAAGCUGCCAAGAAGAAGGGCUCAGCGCAAGGGAUUUUUGGUUAUAUGGCACCAGAAUACAUGGAGUCCGGAGAAGCAACGACAGCAGCUGAUGUGUACAGCUUCGGCAUGGUGAUACUCGAGAUGGUUACGGGCCAGCCCGCGGUGGACUAUACGAGGAAGAAGGAAGACGCUCUUUUGGUGUUGAGAAUCCGUGACUUAGUUGGUAACAAGAAAAAACCAUUGGAGGAGAUCGCAGAUGUGCAUCUAGAUGAUGAGUACGAGAGGGGAGAGAUGGCGAGGGUAUUGAGGUUAGGAUUGGUUUGCACAAGAACCGACCCAAAGCUAAGACCUAGCAUUAGCCAAGUGGUGUGUACAUUGGAUGGAAGUGAGAGGUUUUUUAAAGAGGAAGGAGGAAAGGAAGGUGACGUGAGCCGCAAGCAGAUGUAUGAUUCGUCUAUAUUGAUGGUUAGACAAAUGCAGGCGCUAGGGAUUCAUUAAGUUAUGUUUAGUGAAGUAAAUCUUAGUAAUAUAUAUGUAAUCAAAGUUGUAAUGCAUGUAUUUUUCAUGCCUUAAUAUAUUUGUGUUUGUUAUGUAAAGAAGAUUCUAAGUUGUGUUAAAUAGUCUUUUGGUGGAAUUUCAUCUUUGAUUAUAA